CUUAGAUUGGAGCACUUCAUUUAAGCAUCUGCCUGCAUUAAUAUAUGUAAAUAUUUUUCACAUAGUACUUAGCCACGCUCUUAAAUAGCUUGAGGGCGAUUGUAGCAGUAUGAUGGAAUCAUCCUAACCGUAGGCAGAAGAAAAAGAUAUGUCAUGGUUGCGUCUGGGACCAUUCCAGAUCUUCGUUCAGUGGGUAAGGUCAACUUGCAUAACUACUGAGUUAUGACAGGCAUCAAGGCCCCGCCAGCCACAGAGCCGCUCCUACCAGGACUGCAGACGGUUCUCAAUUUCAACGAUGACAUCUUUCAGAGAGAGCUACGCGAGCUGCGCGAAAGCCGUCUCCACACGUACGCUGGGACCAUCUUCGCUCGCAGCGGUCUGGUUCCAACCAUGGCUUCGCGGAGCAGCAUCACCAUGACGGGCCAGAACCUCUCGCCCGUGUUCGAGCACGCCGUGAGGGGAGAAUCCGAGAACUCGGACCAGGAGUCGCCCGGCACAGCUCCCCAGCUGGCCAGAGCCUACACCCCAGACUUCAUGGAGUUCUCCCUAGACCCCGCCGCUGCACCGGCUACGUCCACAGUCAAGGAUCCCAAGAAGAGCGCCAAAGCGAAGGGCGGGCCAUCAGGAACACCGGAUGCCUUUUGUUAAAUAUGGAAAUACACAAUGCAUUAUAUGAUACCCAGCCUCGACCACCUGAGGUACAUCAAGUCAACUCUGACGUCACGGCACUGCGCAUGCGCAGACACUUUAUCUCACGAAAAUUGGAUUUCUGCGCACGCGCAGAGAUCUACACCUUGUGUGGACAAAACACGCUUGUUUGUAAUCAGCGA